ACUGCUUUAAAACCCCAAGAUAUUUUUAGCCGUCUCACUCGCUCUGAUUCUGUCUUUGCUUAAACCCUAGCCGCUCCCACCCUUCUCCAUCCUCUGUGUCUCCCUCAGUCAAUUACUAUGGCUUUUUGUAACAAAGUUGGGAGCCUUUUGAGGCAUAGCGUUUCUCAGAAUGGACAAGCAUCCACCACAUCUAUGCUUAAUUCUGUUCGCUACAUGUCAAGCAAGCUUUUUAUUGGAGGUCUUUCAUACUCAACCGAUGAUCAGUCUCUUAAGGAUGCAUUUUCGGGCUUUGGUGACGUGAUUGAGGCGAGAGUUAUCAUUGAUAGAGAUACCGGUAGGUCUAGGGGAUUUGGGUUUAUUAACUACUCCAGUGAUGAAUCUGCAACCUCAGCACUGUCUGCUAUGGAUGGCCAGGAGCUAAAUGGGCGAAACAUUCGUGUGAGUUAUGCCAAUGACAGACCCGCUGGCCCUCGACCUUUUGGCGGUGGUGGUGGCGGUCUUCGCGGCUAUUGAGAUGUUGCAGUUUUGCUGCAAAUGUUCUUGUUUCUGUUGCUAGUUGGUGCUCCAAAAUUAUGGUUUCUUGAAUUUUCAAUUGGAUGAAUUAUCUAAAAUUUGGAGUUGUGCUGGUUGAUACAAAUUUGUCUUGGUUAUAUUGCUUGUUACAUGUAUGAGCAGGGUAAGUUUUCAUA